AUGCGUUUACACGAGUAUUUGAUCCAAAUUGGAGUAAAGAAAAAUGUUUUAUUAAGAUUAUCUACGAAAGCAAAAAAGCUUAAUACAACAUCAAGUUUCACCCUUGUAAAUGAUAAUAACUAUGAAAUAGAAACAUGUGAUCUUACUACUCUAGCAAGUGAUGCUUCUGAAUCUGAAGAAAAACUUAAUUUGAAUUUUAAUGAAAAAGGAUAUCAUGAAAGAGAAUAUAAUUUUAAUGAUGAUGAGUCUUUAUCUGUGAUGAAGUCGAAUAUGAAUAUAAUUAUGGUGUUUUUAUUAAAUCUAAAAAUGGAAUAUCUCUUCCAGCAAAAUGUUGAUCCAAAUAACUAUUGUAUUUCAUUCAAAUCUAAAAAGGCAGCUGAAGCAGGUACCCAACUAGUUAAUAUUCAAGACUUUAAAAAUUUUCAAGUCGAUUAUCAAAAAUACAAAUCUAAAAACAUCAAUAUGGCUUUUUUUAUUACAUUUAUUAAAUCAAAUCUAAAGCGAAAAAUAGAUGAACUUGAGCUCGAUAAUAAUUCAGAUAAUGAUAUUGUUACAAAUUUAAGAAACAAAAAUUCUAUUCCUAAAACUUCAAAUCUAUCAUCUUCUACACAAAUUCAACAAUCUGACUUAAUCUUAAUGCAACAAUCCAAUUCAAUACAACAAUCCAAUUUGAUGCAACAAUCUAAUUCAAUGCAACAACCUAAUUCAAUACAACAAUCUAAUUUAAUACAGCAAUUUGAUUUGAUACAACAACCUAAUCCAAUGCAAUAA